CUAGUAAGUGACUGAUGACAUUAUAGACUGAAUCCAUCUCUGAGGUCAGAGACUGAGUGCAAUUGAGUGAAAAGUAGACAACGAAAUCUUGAAGAAUUGCCUUGAGGUGCAAGCCAAAUUUAACUUACUCCAAGUAGUGUCGGUUGGACUGAGAAAUUGCUAAACCAAACCUGUAAUAGGACUGGUUAUUUGGGUAACUCUCUUUGUCUUUAUUGCUGCUUACUGUUACUUGUUUCCAGUGUUGUCUUUCUAGGUCCAGAUGUUCUCAGAUAAUUCUCAUUGCCCUGAUUGUGGACAACAGUGGUUCCCUAGUUUAGAACUAGGCCAUUGGUUGUACCAAACCGAACUCGUUGAAAAUGAAUGUUACCAAGUAUUCUUAGACCGUAUUAACAGAGCCGAUUAUUGCCCUGAGUGUUACCCUGAUAAUCCUGCUAACAGAAGCCUUGUUCUCCCUUGGUCUUUCCCACUUGAGUGGGCUCCCCAAAAUCUCACCAGGUGGACUUUUGAAAAAGCUUGCCAUCCAUUUCUUCUGGGUCCUCCACUGGUUAGAAAAAGGAUACAUGACUCCAGAGUGGCUGGUUUUAACCCUGCAUUACAGUUAAUCUUGACCAGAACAGAUAAAACCCUAAACAAAAAACUUGGCCAAAACAAAUAACAUCUGUAACCGUCAAAAUCAUGGGGACUCUAGAGGGUUUUGUGCUAGUAACCCAAGGGAGAUGGAAAAAGAACUCUUUUCUCAAUCUGACCCAGACUGUCACUAGUUGGGGAACCGCUUAAAUUGUUGGAUCUGCUGCUAAGGCAUACACAUAUUUUGUUCAGCAUGAAUUUAGUAAGUAUUCUAGACAGAUUAUUCAUCUAGAACCAGACUAGUUUAUGUUCCCUAUAAAAGAUGUUUUGAAAUUAGCUUGCCCCUCCUUAAAAGGUUCCACAGCCUAAUUAUUGACUUAGGACAAGUUAGUCCCUUAGAAGGGGAAGUACCAUACUGUGUGCUCCGUAAUGGUAUUCUACUGGUAACUUUCAUGGGGAAACAUCCUCAUUGUAGGUCCUAGAGUAUUCUAGUAAAUUUUAAUAAAAAAAAUUAUUGUUAUAAAUUCUACCUUAAAUUCUACCUUGUAUGCAUUGAUCAGUGAAAGAUUUUACAUACAUUUGUACAGUUUAAUCCUAUGUAACCACUUAGUCAUCAUUGGCUCUCCUUGGCCCAUGUUCAUUGUGGCUGUGACCUUAUUGCUAACUGGUCACUGGUAGAGAAAUUACAUUCUAUUAGGUAACACCUUCAUAGGUUACUCAAAAACAUUCAGAAAUACCAUUGUGUGUACUCGACUUGGCUCUUCAUGAGCAAGGACUGUCUUUGUAGUACAUCGUCCUCCCCCGGAAUGUACCUGUACUGUGAGAUACAUGACAGAAAGAGUUACUGAGCCUUACUCCAUAUAUAACAUGGACAGUCUAGGGGGAGGGAAGUAUCUUUUUUUAGAACUAAGAAAGUCUGGCCAGACAUUGGCCAUGUUCUAGUUUUAUCUUGCUCAUGAAAAUCAUGGAUCCAGAGUAGUUGGGGUUAAGCAAUUUAGAAAAAGUCAUUGGAAACUUCUCAGAGGCCACUGAGUAAUUUUUAAGUUCCAUUGUAGAUGCUAGGUUAUGUAACAGCUCAACAGUGUUAUCACCUAUCAAGGACCCAGUUUUUGUCCUUCCGCUCUGGAAUCCUUAUCAUGUCUUUUUGUCCUCAUGGUUUUCCUCAAUAUAUGCAAUAUGGCUUGUUGCUGUGCCAGGCAUUUCAGCCCCAACCAAAGGCUGGAAGCAGGGAGCAAAAGACAUUCUCCUUUCAGCUGUUUCUUUUAUUUGAGUAAAAUCUUGUCCAAAAGUCCUUAGAUGAUUUCUUAGAUCUCUUUAGGAGGUACCAGUUGAUAAGGGAGCCUGGGAAAACUGGGCAGAGGAGAAUGGGGUUGGCAUUGCCUGGAUAGGGCACAUUGCCUCUUCUAAUAAAAUCAGGGCUCUUUUAGGAAGGAAAUGGGGGGUGAAUGGCUGUUGGUAUGCGACAAAUCAUGCUUGCCACAUGUUGUGAAACCGAAAGCUCUUUGUUAGUCUGUGUGAAGAAUGUACCGCGGAGACCCACCUGUAUCUGCCUUAUCUGUCUAUCGUGAUGGAGGUUCUCUUCUGUUGUAUUGCUGAAUAAAACCGUGUGGACUGCUAAAUUGA